AUGCUCAUACAUCCGUUGGUUUGCCUCUUGGUUUUUAGACUGGGCUUAGGCAUCAACACCAGAGGACCAGGAGCACAUUUUUACUGCGCUAUUGGCAUAAAUCGCAACAAUUUUUCACAAUAUAGGCUACAACACGUAAGUUUUUGGGCAAAAUUGCCAAUUUACCGAGAUUCUACACAUUUUCUCCAGGAACUGCUAAAUUUUAAAAAGAAUCCACCUCCACAGUGUGAGUUAGAGGUAUAUGGAAGUAGAAAUGAUAUUUGGAUCGUGAAAUGGACCGGGCUGCCAAACACAAUUUAUGCGGGGGAAGAGUACCGCCUAAAGAUCAUAUUCCCGAAGGAUUAUCCCAUAAAACCGCCGACAAUGUACUUUUUACAGCCAGCUCCGGUACAUGCACACGUGUAUUCCAAUGGAGACAUUUGUAUGAGUAGUCUGGGCUCAGACUACCUUCCCACGGCAUCAAUUUCGAGCUUCGUGCUUUCCAUCAUUUCAAUGCUCUCUUCUGCAAAGGAAAAACGGUUGCCAAUAGACAAUCACCUCCAUGCUGAUUUGCCUCCUGGAUCCAGCGAUGCGCGUUAUAUGUAUCACGACGAUAAAUGUUAG